CAAAGAUCACUUCCGCAUCUUCAGCCACACGCUUGCUUCUGACUAAUGUCGAUACUAGUCUACGGAAACUGAACAAAUCUCACCUCAACUCGGUCAGACAGCGCGAUGUGGACUUAAGUCAUCACUGUAUGGAAAUAUGAACGCGCGUUGCUGCUCUGCACUUUGUUUUUUCCUCCUGGUUGAAGUAUCUGUGGUUCUAGGAGAUUUGCUCGGUCCUCGGAAUGUGACUCUUGAGACGCUGAACACGCAUUAUGUCCUGCAAUGGGACUGGAGUCAGCAGAUGGCUGUUAACAGCACUGUCACCUUCACUGCACAGUAUCUCGCGCAGUAUAAGGCACGUAAGCCAGCUCAUAAGCAGGACUGGAAGACUGUGUGUGUGAAUGUAACAGAGCACCACUGUGAUUUCUCUAAUGCUGGUCUGCAUUACUUCGGCAUGUUUUUGCUGCGUGUGCAGGCGAACACACCUCAACAGUCCUCCAGCUGGGUCCAGAUCGAGUUCUGCCCUGAUAAACAUGCUGAUUUAGGUCCUCCGUCCAGUGUGAAGCUGAACUCUGUCAAAGAAGAUCUUGAGAUCAUCAUCUCUGAUCCUCUGAGCAGCAAAAACCAGUCCAUGAAUGAGCUGGUGCAGAAGAUGUAUUACCUCAUCCAGUACUGGAAGAAAUCAGACAGCUCACAGCAGGCAGAAGUUUUGAGGACGGAGAGUAAUGUUGUGACGCUGUCUAAACUGGACAGAUUGACGCAGUACUGUGUGAGAGUUCAGUCCCGCUGCGAGUUCUACAACAAGAGCAGUGUCUUCAGUGAUGUACACUGUACACAGACUGGUGGAGAGACUCCGUAUCUGCAGAUAUUUGUCUUCCUGUUGUCUCUGCUCAUCUGUUUCCUGGUGGUGCUUUUACUGUCGUUCUGCUUGUAUAAGAUCAUAAAGAGCAUCUUUUACCCCUCCAUUCAACUGCCAGUGUACAUAAAAGAGCGCUGGUCAUGCAGUUCUGAUAUGCUGCUGAAUCCUGAGUCAGAGUCCAUCUCUGAGCAUCUUGGCAUCAGCAGUGUAGAGAAACAGGAUCCUGUAGCAGCAGUGAUAGACGUCCGCAUCUCACAGGACACAGGCAAUCACAGCAGACAUGGCAGUGGAGACUCCGGUGUUUACUCCACAGAGGAGGACUCGUGUCACACACACAUCACACACACUGAUGUUCAGAUAGAAAACAUGUUUAAGACAAAAACAGGCCACAGAGAAGAGACACAUGAUGGGAUGCACGAGCUCUGUGUUUGAAAAUAAUCAACUUAAGAUGAAUCUGUUUUUCUUACAAGCAAGCAUCACUUUUGAGAUCAGUAGUCAAGCAGCACUAUUGCUUAUAGAGCUUGAGGUUGUUCACUUAAACCUCUAACCCCUGAGUAUUAAAGGAAUAUUCCUGGUUCAAUACAAGACAACAUUUGUGGCAUAAUGUUGAUUACCUACAAAUAAUUCCCACUUAUCCCUCUCUUUUUUUUAUUUUUAUUUUUUUUUUAUUUAUUUUUUUUUAUUACACUUACAGUGGAAUUGAAUGGGGUCAAUCCGUAAGCCACAAGAUGUAAACAACAUGCGUUAUCCAACUGGCUCGAAAGCCAUGACAAAUGGAGACCACGUGUUGGUUAAAUGCUUACAAAAUAAAUGUAUUAAAAAUAGGCCUAUAAGUCCCUCAUUUCAUCUGUUGUUGAUUGCUCAAUUGGAAACAUCUUAGUCUCAGAUCAUGCCCUGGUGCGUUGAGGUGUUGCCUCAUAUGGAGAAAAAUAAAUCAUAUAGUUGGCACUUUAAUGUAUCCCUUUUGCAAAAUUCUGGUUUCCAACAAAUGUUAAAGGCUGAAAUCAAUGUUUAUAUGGAGACCAACUGGACCUCAGUAUCCUCUGUGGGUGUGGCUUGGGAGGCACUUAAGGUGGUUCUUAGGGCUCGGAUCAUACAGUAUACCUCAAAAAAAUACAAAGUACGAGAACUCGUGGAGUUGGAAGGGAAUAUUAAAAGUGCCGAGGCACAGCUGAAGCGCCGAAUGUCAUCUGAUGGCCUCGAUUGAAAUACAAAUAUAAUACUAUUUUGUUGCGGAAGGUGGAGUUUUGGCUAUUCAGGGCAAGACAGUCUUAUUUUGAGUCGGGGGACAAAGCAGGGAAGCUUUUGGCUAGAUAUUUAAAACUGAGAGAGUCUUUUUCUACCAUUCCCACAGUGAAAUCUGCUGGUGGUGAAAUAUUUACCUCAGCCAUUGAUAUUAAUAAUGCUUUUAAAGAAUUCUAUCUUGAUCUCUAUAGUUCCACGUCUUCGUCUGCUGGUGAAGACAUUAGAAACUUUGUGGAACCAUUAGAACUCCCUAAACUGACAAAUGAGCAAAAAAAUUCUCUUGAUUCUGAGAUAAACUUGGAGGAACUUGGCAAGGUAAUUAAGGCCUUACCUACAGGCAAGGCUCUGGGGCCAGUUGGUUUUGCCGUUGAAUUUUUUAGAUCUUAUGCUACAGAACUGGCUCCACUUUUGUUAGAAGUUUAUACGGAAUCAUUAAAGAAUAGAAAGCUUCCGCCAACCAUGACACAAGCCCGGAACAGUCUGAUCCUUAAAAAGGACAAAGAUCCAAGUGAGUGUAAGCGUUACCAACCAUCUGAUAAAAUUGCUUACUAACCUUGUCUGUGUUGUUAUAUAAAAUUGUACAACUUUGUUGCAAUGAUGAUGUAAUGCUGUAAACCCUAAAAUUAAUGUAAAAAACAAUAAUUUAAACAACUUUACAGCUCAAAUAAUGUACAAGUUUUAACAGAAUAAUUAAUGUAGGUGCUUUUAUAAAAUUACAAGCUUUAGAGUUCUGCCUUUUAAACCCUUCAAAAAUUGGCCCCAUUCACUUCCGUUUGUAAGUGCCUCACUGUAACCUGGAUUUUUGCUUUUUUAUUUUUUUGUAAAGAAUAGGAGAGACGAUUGGAAAUACAUUUUUGUGGUAAUCCCACCGGCUUACAUUAGGUGGGUUUCCAUCCAACUUUUUUAUGGGCAUUUUGAAAUUACGCAUAAAUACUGAAUAGAAAUGUUUGACAUGCAAAUAAACUCUCUAAAUUCCCUUCAAAUGUAAUGCACUAGGAGGAGGUGGAUUUUCCAGAGUUUUGCAUUAGUUAAAAUGUGCAUUAAGGUGAUCAAAACAGUUAAUAUAUGUAUGUAUGAAACAGUAAAAUGAUGAUGUGUUUUGACCAUUCGUGCACAUGUUAUGAGUGUGCGAUAACUUGAUGUCUGGGCCAAUGAAAUGUCAGACCUUGGCACACAGUUCUUCAAACAUAGCUUGACUUUUGGAAAUGCUUAACCCACAGCUGAUUGUUAAAGUGGGUCCUCACAAUCCGACAGAACAGUUUUGAGCGUGGGCGCUCCCAGGUAUGCGGAGGCUGGCGGCGUGUGGGCAUCGCAGCCAUUUCAGCCCUCAUUAUAUCAGAUAUUACACUUGUUCUGCAGUGACUCCUGGCAGCAUUUCAUAAAAAUUAAAGGAGGUAAUUUAGCUGCUCCAUCAUGACAUGGCGGUUCCUCAAUAUAUUGCAUGACAUAGUGGAUGGAAAUGUACAAUGAUUCGUAUUUUCUUUAGUCAGAUUUUUAGAACUGCGCUUAAAAAAUGCUAAACAUUUUGAUGGAAACCCUGCUAUUGAAGUCGGGACCCGAGCCAUAUCUACAGGCCAGAAUAUCAUAGAGAUUUGGAGGCGGGCUCUAUAGAGCACAACAGUGCCCGUCCACUUUUUCAGCCGCAUGGGUUUCAUAAGUAUUUAUCCCAUUCAUUUCUUCCAUAGAACUCUUAUGACAGAAUUUAUAAGUCUAUGCCAUGAACCAAACCAACCAGCUCUGAGGUGAAUCACAAUAUUAUAAACUUUAUUUUGAGGCAAAAAAGCAUUUGAAAAUUGUAUUAAAAGACAAAGGCACAAGACUGUGGACUUACCGACUUUCACGAGGGUCCGAACUGCAAUGGCAUGAAGCAAUGCAAAUGAAAAAUAAAUUAGGUUGUUGAUUUGUAAGUAUAGAAACAAUAUAGUUUAUGUCUGUUAAAAAUAUUCUGAUAUAUACAAGUAUACAAGGGUGAAGGGAGUCUUGACUCAUUUCCGUAAUUCACAGUGCGUCAUGGUAGAGGGCGGUGGCUGCAAAGCUCUUUUGCCAGGCUUUUUUGGGAUGGACCAUGGGUAAUGUGGUUGUUCUCCAGGAACUCCACAAUUAAACACGAGUUGAAAUAACACAGACCAAUGGCUUCAACAGAAACAUAUACAGUUGUGCUCAAAAGUUUGCAUACCCUUGGAGAAUUGCUAAUGUAUGUACCAUUUUUAAAGAAAACAUGAGUGAGCAGGCAAAACACAUUUCUUCUUAUUUCUUAUGGGAUUCAUAUUCAACUGUAGGUUAUAACAGAAUGGCACAAUCAUAAAACAAAACAUGGCAACAAAGAAAAAAAUGAAAUGACCCCUGUUCAAAAGUCUGCAUACCCUUAGUUCUUAAUACUGUGUAUUGCCCCCUUUAGCAUCAAUGACAGGGUGCAGUCUUUUGUAGUAGUUGUCUAUGAGGCCCCAAAUUCUUGCAGGUGGUAUAGCUGCCCAUUCGUCUUGGCAAAAUGCCUCCAGGUCAUGCAAAGUCUUUGGUCGUCUUGCAUGAACCGCACGUUUGAGAUCUCCCCAGAGUGGCUCGAUGAUAUUAAGGUCAGGAGACUGUGAUGGCCACUCCAGAAUCUUCACCUUUUUCUGCUGUAACCACUGAAGGGUCAACUUGGCCUUGUGCUUAGGGUCAUCGUUGUGCUGGAAAGUCCAAGAACGUCCCAUGCACAGCUUUCGUGCAGAAGAACGCAAAUUGUCUGCCAGUAUUUUCUGAUAACAUGCUGCAUUCAUCUUGCCAUCAAUUUUCACAAGAUUCCCUGUGCCUUUUAGAGCUCACACACCCCCAAAACAUCAGUGAGCAACCACCAUGCUUCACAGUGGGGAUGGUAUUCUUUUCACUAUAGGACUUGUUGACCCCUCUUCAAACAUAGCGCUUAUGGUUGUGGCCAUAAAGCUCUAUUUUGGUCUCGUCAUUCCAGAUUACAGUGUGCCAGAAGCUGUGAGGCGUGUCAAGGUGUUGUCAGGUAUAUUGUAACCAGGCUUUUUUGUGGCAUUGGCGCAGUAAAGGCUUCUUUCUGGCAACUCGACCAUGCAGCUCAUUUUUGUUCAAGUAUCAUCGUAUUGUGCUCCUUGAAACAACCACACCAUCUUUUUCCAGGUUACCUGUGGGUUUUUCUUUGUAUCCCGACAAUUCUUCUGGCAGUUGUGGCUGAAAUCUUUCUUGGUCUACCUGAUCUUGGCUUGGUAUCAAGAGAUCCCUGAAUUUUCCACUUAUUAAUAAGUGAUUGAACAGUACUGACUGGCAUUUUCAAGGCUUUGGAUAUAUUUUUAUAUCCUUUUCCAUCUUUAAAAAGUUCCAUUACCUUGUUAUGCAGGUCUUUUAACAGUUCUUUUCUGCUCCCCGUGGCUCAGUAUCUAGCCUGCUCAGUGCAUCCACGUGAGAGCUAACAAACUCAUUGACUAUUUAUACACAAACCCUAACUGCAAUUUAAAAAGCCACAGGUGUGGGAAAUUAACCUUUAAUUGCCAUUUAAACCUGUGUGUAUCACCUUGUGAUAACAAGGCCAAACAUUCAAGGUUAUGUAAACUUUUGAUCAAGGCCAUUUGGGUGAUUUCUGUUAUCAUUAUGAUUUAAAAAGGAGCCAAACAACUAUGUGAUAAUAAAUGGCUUCAUAUGAUCACUAUCAUUAAAUAAAAGACAGGUUUUUUUGCAUGAUCAGUCAUUUUCAAAUCAAUGCCAAAAUUUCAAUAUUUCUGCCAGGGUAUGCAAACUUUUGAGCACAACUGUAUCAUUGAUGAACAACCUCAGAGCUCAUGAUAGGUCUGUCUAUAAAGGUUUGUAACCCAUCAGUAAAAAUCAAUUCACCUAUGGAAAAAAUUAAUGGGAUUUUAACUUCCGGAACCAGAAUGUUGCGUUCUAUUGACUUGGGCCGGUAAGCAACCACCCAGAACACCCUAGCAAUGCCCCGGCAACUGUAUAGCAGUGUGCUAAAAGCCUCUUGGAACACGCCAUAAAGCAACACCAUAGCUUCAUAGCAAGAACUUUGGCAUGGGCAAAUACCACUCUUUUUUUUUUUUUU